AUGCGAUAUCUUGCUGGGUCUGCAAUUCUCGUAAAUGUCUGGACCGCGGACAUUGUUCCUGAAACGAGUAGUCGUGGCCAUCAAAGAUAUUUGUGCAUCAGGGCCCCCAAAGAGUCCUCUGUAGCACGUCUACUACAAUACGUACACUGGAAAGUCCAGCGUGACGUGAAUUGCGAGAUUGAUGCGGUCCAGCAGUUCUGUGUGAAGUUCAAGGGUCGCAAACUGGAUCCUGAGCAGCUGGUGAGAGAUAUUGAUCCGACGACAGUGGGAGCCGUAACACUCAAUUUAGAGCACUGUGACCAGCAUACAGGAUCUGCCUUAAAUUUGGACUACGAUUCAAGCCAGGAUUUCAGCUUCACGAACUUGGAACUCGAGUUGAAAGUACUCUCUAACGGCAAAAGCCUCACGCAUCAAGAACGGGGAGUGCCCUGGACUUCAACGCUAGGUCAAAUACUAGAACUCGCAACUCGUAUAUUUAAUAACAUCCAGUUAUCAGAUUCCAAUGGCACAUUCACAGCACAUCAGUACUCACUGCAAGGAAACAUAGGGAUCGAGACUAUAGGUCAUUUGCAACCUAGUUUCUUGAACAUCGAUCAUUCAAAUAAUGACAUGCAAAUUUGCGAUCUCCUUGGUUUUGAUUUUGCCCCAGAUACGAAGAGCAGUUGUCGCGUGGUGUUCCAGGUUCAAGAAAAACCAUCGGACGACAGCGCUACAAUUCGAUUUGUUUCGGAUGCCGUACUAACCGUGGACACAAUGGUCAUCAAUGCUGAGACCACGGUCCAUGACGUGAAGGACUUUAUCUGUUCUGUUUAUGGACAUUCCCUGCGACUCGCGCCUGAGGAUGUGAAGCUCAUUUACAAGGGCCAAUUGCUUCGCGAAAACACAUCUUCAGGUCUCCCUUCCAAGGCUCUGGACUAUAUCUCUGAGCGUAAUGAUAUCAAAAUCCACGUUCAUAUCAAUCAAGAGUACAUUGAAACUGGUCCUGGCUUCUGGAACGAAGUCUUCAGCACUAGCGAAAGGUUUUCGUUUUUGCGGAGAACGACGGAAAAUGCACACACGAUACCUCCUACGCCGACCACGCAGCAGGUUCCCGAAAUAAACGUUUCAUCCGCGAGUACAAAUCCUAGCAAAGCUCCUCAAAUGUUUAUCACAGAAUCGGGAGCUGAAAUCAGACGCACUGGUCAUUAUUUCGAAAAAGUUCUGAUAUCUGGUCAGGAGAGUUUUGUGCAGUCUGGUUUAUUUCAACCCAUCCAAACUUUCAUCGAAUUAGAUGGUAAGAAAAUCGAGUUGUUCCCAGAAGAUUUCGUGGAGCUACGAGGAGCUAUUUUACUGUCACAGAGUGCACUGUCACGAAUCUCCAGCCAAUUUGGAUUUGAAUUAAAUCAAUUGGCGGACUAUGGCAGCCAAUUAGCUGAUGAGAUCGUACGCACGUCACAUUCUGGGUCAAAUGAUGAUCGCGCUGAGAAUGUUGAGGCCGGUGUUGCUCAAGCCGAAGAUGUUGGGAGGGUAGCGCACUUGCGUCGCUGGACACAAACCAUCAUGAGAACGAUCUACUUGAUACUGAGAAACUCAGUGUUUUUCUUUGUCUUAUUUUUUCAGUUCAGCUAUGUUCUGCGAUACACACACUUGUUUCUGGGAACUCUUUUGAUCAUCUUCAAAGCAGUUUGGAGCACUCCUGAGAUUGGUGAGAUGUGGCGGGAGCUUUUGGCAGAUGGAAGAGAGGAUAUUCCAAGCGACGAAGAAAUUCAGCUUUUGGAGGAAGAGUACAAAAAUCGUCAAUUAACGAGGAGUUUUUACAAUCGAUUUGUGUCCAAUGUGCCGGUUACAGACGCUAUAAUUGACCGUCUACGUGCCAAUGAUCAAUUGAGAAUUAAGUUGGCAGAAGACUUCAAGCUGGACAAUCACGAUUCGUUGCAACUCUUGGUUCCAAAACUGCUGGAAGAAUGUAUAUCCACGCAACAUGACGAAAUCGACAUGUCCAACCUUCACGAACUAUUUGACCCCAUUUUGAAAGAUGUGGUAGAGCAUGUGAGGGACGUUUCCAACAUGAGUGCGGCGAGUAAGGAAGUAUUAAAGGAACUGCGGAAGUUUAUUUAUCAGAAGUCCAGUUUGCCAUGGCACAAGAGCGUUCUUAGAAAGAUUUCGCAAGUAAGUGAUGAGAUUUACAACGGGGGAAUGAUUCGAAGAUUGAUGCCAAAUGUUAGACCGCAGGUGCGGGGGGUGCGUCUGUUGCAACGUGCAGUGAGCAACGUGUUGAAACUAGCAGCGCUUUUCAUUGCUGUUUUGAUACCUCGGUUUCAACGCCAAGCUGUGACGGAGGUGGAACGUAUUACAGCAGCGUCAAGACGUCGAGACUGA